UCCAUCGCAUCAUUAAAAACCCAAAAUCCAUAAAGCUUCCAUCAAACGACUUCAAGCCUCAAGGUUUCAUUUCUCGCGAGAAUCUCAAAUACAGAGACGGGAAAAACACAGGCCAUUUCUUUUUCCUUCAUGGCUCUGAUCACCUCACAACCCAAAAACGCCAUCCUCCAUAACUUCACCACCGUUCACCGCUCAAUCCCCCGGCUACCUAAUUCUGGGUCGUUCUCAAACAAUGCCAGAACCUUUAAAGUCUCCAACUUCAAUUCAAAUUCGAAUAAACUUUUCCUGAAAUCAAACCCCUUCAGAACGGUGCCGGUUAUAGCUGCCAAUGCAGCAUUGACGGAAGCAUUGGAACCAGAAGAAGGGAAUGUGAAGUACAGGAGAAUUCUGCUAUCAGACGUGGAGGUGAAGCGAGGGAGACGAGUUUUCUUUGGAAGGAAAUGGAAUUCCUUGGAUUUGGGCACUGCCGGUGUUGUAUUGACCAUGCAUGUGCUUAGUCUCUUUGCACCGUUUCAUUUCAAUUGGAGAGCUUUCUGGUUUGCCAUGGCUCUGUAUGUUGUGACGGGUCUCUUUGGCAUCACGCUCUCCUUCCACAGACAUCUUUCUCACCGGAGCUUCAAACUUCCCAAAUGGCUUGAGUAUCUCUUUGCUUAUUGUGGAGUUCUCGCUCUUCAGGGGAACCCAAUUGAUUGGGUGAGCACACACAGGUACCACCAUCAAUUUUGCGAUUCAGAGAGAGAUCCACACAGUCCCACUGAAGGAUUCUGGUUCAGUCAUAUGAGCUGGUUGUUCGAUACCAAAUCUGUGGUUGAAAGGUGCGGAGAGCCAAACAACGUUGGAGAUUUAGAGAAACAAUACUUCUAUAGAUUCCUCCGAAGCACAUACAUUUUGCAUCCUCUUGCCUUGGGAGUUCUGCUUUAUGCCAUGGGAGGAUUUCCUUUCCUUGUUUGGGGAAUGGGUGUGAGAAUUGUUUGGGUAUACCACAUCACUUGGCUAGUAAACUCAGCUUGCCAUGUUUGGGGAAAGCAAGCUUGGAAUACCAAGGACUUGUCCAGAAAUAAUUGGUGGGUGGCAGUGCUAGCAUUUGGGGAGGGAUGGCACAAUAACCACCAUGCAUUUGAGUACUCUGCAAGACAUGGGUUAGAAUGGUGGCAACUGGACAUGACUUGGUACGUUGUGAGGUUUCUGCAACUUCUUGGGCUGGCCACUGAAGUUAAGCUUCCUUCACAAACUCACAAACUAAGAAUGGCAUUCAAUAACUGAUUGAUAAGCUCACUAUGCGGUGUUGCUUUCAUCCCAUAUCAAUGACUUCACUGUUGUACGCUGUGUGUGGGACUAGCAUGCCUGCACACUAUCAGAGAGCUUCAUAGCCUGCCUGAUGCAAACGAAGAUGAUUUUUGUACACCACAAUGAAAUCAAUAUGCAAUAUCUAAGAAUGUUUGGUGUGCCAGAUUUUAAGUAGGAGCACGAGAGUUUUCUGUCCAUAGUUUUAUUCUCUUUUUUCUUUUUCUUUUUCCUUUUUCAAUUAUUAUUGGUUUCUGGCU